AUGGAGAAGAUUUUCAUGAUGGGAAAAUAUUGCUAUGAUGAUCUCUCUGCGGCUCAGAAGCGUCUCGUGGCCUGGCCUUACCGCACCGGCAGUGAAGUCUGUUUCCCAAGCACUUCGGCACUGCUGACGGAAAGGCAUGGCCAGCUGAAGUCAUUUUGGGAUCAGCGGAUCGACACAGCACAGCAUUUGGCAGCUUUGGAGGAGCUGUUUCCCAGUCGACUUUUUGUGUUGCACCAAAGCGAGCUGCGCGACACACCGGGCAACAUCUUCGAUGAACUGGCGGCCUUUUUUGGGCUUCGUCCUUUCCCCGGCAAGAUGAUGUUCAGGCGCCACAACUCCGUGGGGGGGCACCGAACGGAUCUUUGCUUCAAUGCAUCACUUGUGCGAUCCUAG